GUCUACUCCUCCUCACUCCUCCACUCUUCUUUCUUCAUUCAUAGGGAAGCCUGUGAGCCGAGACCCCUCUCCUCCUUGGAUGGACCCUCAGAGUCGUGAAACUCUGUUUUUGCUCAUAGAUCUGGAUGGAAACUGAAAGUCUGACCUGAUUGCUGUAUCUCCUAAUUGGGGAAGCUGAACCGCAGUGAGUUUGACAUGAACUUUAGUUGGACUUGAGGAGCUUCCAGAGUCGCUGUCUGGAGGACUCAGAGCUUAGAAAGAGCGUUUUUAGUCUCUGGGGGAUUCGAGAGGUGCCUUGUGAAAGGAGACAGGACUGAUUUAAAAAUUGCCUCCAGUUUUCCAAGCUUUCGUCCCUGGACCACAAUGGGUUCCGAGGUUCGUGACCUGAACUCCCUCCUGCCCUCGGUCCCUCCAGGCCCCAGUCCCAGCUGCACAGCGCUGCCCGUCAGCACGGCCCCUCAGUGGGCUCCUGUCCUGGACUUCCACACCGCUGCCUCCCCUUACCCCUCACUGGCUGCUCCCCAUUCCUCUCUGGGGCCCCACUCCUUCAUCAAACAGGAGCCCAGCUGGGGAGCCACAGGGGACCCACACCACCACGACACAGACCCCCAUUGCGGCCUCAGCGCUUUCACAGUGCAUUUCUCGGGUCAGUUCACGGGCACGGGGGCCUGCAGGUACGGGGCAGCGUUCGGGGCCCCCCCUCCUCCUGCUCCAACGGCACCCAACCAGCCUGCGCCUGUGGCAGCGCCUCACCACCACCAGCCCCCCAGCAGGAUGUUCAGCAACCCGUCGUACCUGAGUAGCUGUAUGGACACCCAGCCGGCAGCCCGAAACCAGACAGGUUACAGCACGGUGGCGUUCGAUGGAGCCGGUAAUUACGGGCACACUCCUACGCACCACAGCUCGCAGUUCUCCGGCCACUCCUUCAAGCACGAAGACGCUCUAACCCAGCCUAACACAAUGGGUGACCAGCAGUAUCCCGUACCUCCUCCCGUUUAUGGAUGUCACACACCUUCUGACAGCUGCACAAGCAGCCAGGCUCUGCUGUUGAGGAACCCCUACAACAGCGGAGACAAUUUAUAUCAAAUGACCUCUCAGUUGGAGUGUGUGGCAUGGAACCCUGUCAAUACACUGGCAUCCACCCUUAAGAGCCAUGCACCAGGCUACGACAGCGACCCCAACACCCCCAUGGUGUACAGCUGCAGCACACAGUACCGCAUACACACACAUGGAGUCUUCAGAGGCAUUCAGGAUGUGCGGCGGGUUCCCAGCAUCGCUCCAGCCAUAGUCCGAUCAGAGACCAACGAAAAGCGUCCGUUCAUGUGUGCCUACCCAGGAUGCAACAAGCGCUAUUUCAAAUUGUCGCACCUGCAGAUGCAUGGCCGCAAACACACAGGGGAGAAACCCUAUCGCUGUGACUUCACAGACUGCGGCCGCAGUUUUUCACGGUCUGACCAGCUUAAAAGACACCAGAGGAGGCACACAGGAGUUAGACCAUUCGAAUGCGAGACGUGUCAGAGAAAGUUCUCUCGGUCUGACCACCUUAAGACACACACACGGACUCAUACAGGUAAAACAAGUGAGAAGCCGUUUAACUGUCGGUGGCCGAACUGUCAGAAGAAGUUCGCCCGGAGCGACGAGCUGGUGCGGCACCACAACAUGCACCAGAGAAACCUCACCAAGCUCCAGAUUUCCAUCUGAGUUUGUGUUGUAGAACGGGCAGCUUAAGCCUGAUGUGGAAGUCCAAUUUUCUGAGGUGUACUUACAGUCAGACUGCAGACCUAUAAUUUUAGGUUUUAGAAAGAAAAAAAAAAAACAUUUUAAAGCCUUAGAAUCUGAGUUAAAGUUUAGCUUGGUUACAGUCCUGACUCUUCUUUAUUGUUGUCAUUUUGUCGUUUGAUGCUUUGGUUUAAAAGGUUCUCAAGGCCCUGUCUCUCAAAUUGGUCUUACAGCACUGUGCAACAAUUCUUAAUUCAUCUACAAUGUCUUUGCUUCCAAUGCACCAAAUGACUUGGAUUUAUUUCCGAUUGUACAGAUUUAUAAUUCUCAAGGCUUUCUGAAGGUCUUUUUUAAGUCUUAUUCUGUAGCCAUUUGUGGCCUUUAUUAAGGGAACCUAGAGGUUCACAUUCCUAUAGGUUUUGAAAGAAAUAUUUGAAAGAAUGUAACAAAACAUGUAAAAAGAUCAAUAACACUAUGAAACUUUCCUCUAAACCAAUUAAAGGGCUUAACUGGUGCUGGCUUGGCUCCAGCUCUGUUUCCCGCACCAAUAACAUAGAUUCUAUCGAACUGGUUCCUUUUUCUGCAGAUCUUUGUAGGUACACAGGUAAUAGCUGUGAGGACUUAAUAUGUCAGCUUAAAACACUAAUAAUAAGAAUAAAUAAAAACCUGUUUGUCCAAUGCAAUCAACUUUAGGCAUCAAAUCAUACCCACUUCAUGGAAAACCAUCUUCAUCAAUUGUUGAUUUUAAGUAAUUACCUAAAAUCUGCUUAUAAUCUGCUGUAAUAUGAUAAUAUACUCAGAUAAAGGAGAUGGUUCACUGUUUCAACCUGAGGUUGAUCAAGCAUCUGAAGACCAGCCUGAACUGGGAUAAAAAAAACAUUAAACAGAAAUAGUGUGUAAGAAGACAAAAUACAAUAAAAGAUAUAAAUGAUCAGUUUUGAGCAUUUUAUGUUUACUAAAAAAUAAAAUGAAACAAACUGUAAUAGAAAGUUAAAUACAAAGUUCCUGAUGGUUUGUUGACAAGAACAAAAUGGAUGCAGGUUGGGACAAAAAGGCAAUAUAAAGGUAAAGGACGAAGGUGAGGCCAUUUCAAAAUCACCUUAUAAAAAUUUUUAUCUUCUAUUUUUAACCCUAAACUGUUUAAAUAGCUAAAUUUAACUAAGAUUUAACUCUAGAUUUUAAUACGAAUCCAAACUUAGCAGGCAUGUCCUCUUAGUUUGACUGUGACGUCAUAAACAGUGAGCAGAAACGUCUGUGAAUUGAUAGAAUCAGCAUUUUCAUCAUAGCCGUAAAACGAGGGUGUCUUUCCAAGUUCUUUGCAGAAUUCAUUAGAUCAUGCAUUUGAAAAUUAUUUGCGAAUUUGCUGAAUAAGACCUUCAUAAAGUUUGACUCAGUGGAACUUUCAUAAUGGAGAUGAGGUCAAAGGUUAAUUACUCAUCAACUUAGCACCUUUUUGGGCGUUGUACAUAUUUCUGAUGUGAAACUACUUUGGGGACAGUGGGGGUUCUUGUUAUGGGUAUCAGCCAUGGCAACACUCAUACAAAAACCUCCACUGCCUGGGACGGCUUAUUUAUUGUCUCAUUGUGGACAACAACCACUUUCACUGGAAUUACUGAAGAAAAAGAGGUGUAAAAAAAAUAACUUUACUUUUAGAAUGCUCAGCUGAAACUAGCUUUAAUUAUGACUGAUUAAAUCUUAUCUGGAGUUUGCAGAUAAAACAUACAAAAAAAGAUUCCUCUAAGGUAUUUAUAACGCGACCUUUUUGAUUUGAAGUAAUGUGAUUAUUUUUUCUGACUUGUCUCUGUGGUGUGUAAAUAUUGCAGAACUCUGGCUGGGUGUUCAGGCUUUAAAAUAUGUCUGCUGGGUCACACUGGCUUUGUGGCCAGGUCGUUAUGGUUGAGAUGUAAAUAAUUAUUCUUCACCAUGGUAACUGAGCUCUUUCCAUGGAGGAAAUCAUGUAACUUAAGUGACAUAUUUUUUUUUUUUCUUUAGCUGGAUCCAGGAAAUGUUCAUAUGUUCUUUCUCUGAUGUGUAAUGAUGUUUUUGAGUUACACAAAAAAAAGCAAAUAGUAGUAAAAUGUUUUGUAUCCAGGAGUGUGAGGUAAUAAAAC